CAGGAUCUGCUGGGGAAACAAUCUGUUACUACACCACAGCUAGCCCUGACUUAGUGAGAGGUGGCUUAGGUUUGUGGGAAGCAGAGCUGGCGGUGGGUGCUGCUGAUGAUCAUGGAAUGAACGCGGAAUAUACUCAGAGCUGUGCGCUGCUGCGGGGGCUCUGCUCCGUCCUCUCGUGGAAUGGUGCUAACAGCAACCCGCAGCGCAUCCCCGCAAAGCAGCAUGGAGACAUCGCCUGUCAAAGCAGUAUGCACAAAGCUUUGUCAAGAGAAACCUCUGGAUCUAAAAGAUAAUACCGAAAAGUUCUGCCCUAUUACAGUGAAUCCAAGGCACACAAAAAAGGCUUUCAAAGUUAUGAAUGAUUUGCGAAGUCAGAAUUUGCUGUGUGAUGUGACAAUAGUAGCGGAAGAUGUGGAGAUUUCUGCUCAUAAAAUUGUGCUGGCGGCCUGCAGCCCUUACUUCCACGCUAUGUUUACAGGUGAGAUGAGCGAGAGCAGAGCAAAGAGAGUCCGGAUAAAAGAAGUUGAUGGGUGGACACUGAAAUUGCUUGUAGAUUAUGUUUACACUGCAGAAAUCAAAGUCACAGAAGAAAAUGUUCAGGUUCUGCUGCCGGCAGCUGGUCUCCUGCAGCUUCAGGAUGUGAAGAAGACGUGUUGUGAAUUCCUGGAAUCCCAACUUCAUCCCUCUAACUGUUUAGGAAUCCGAGCAUUUGCUGAUAUGCAUGCGUGCACUGAUCUGCUAAACCAAGCUAGCACAUAUGCAGAGCAGCACUUUUCUGAUAUUGUACCUGGUGAAGAGUUGAAUCUUGGUUUGGAGCAGGUGUGCAGCUUAAUAGCCAGUGACAAACUUACUGUGCUUUCCGAAGAAAAGGUAUUUGAAUCUGCUAUUGCCUGGGUUAAUCAUGAUAAAGAUGUGAGGCAGGAGCAUAUGGCGCACCUCAUGGAACAUGUUCGUCUGCCUUUACUUUCUCGCGAAUACUUGGUGCAGAGAGUUGAAGAGGAGACCCUGGUUAAAAACAGCAGUGCCUGCAAAGAUUACCUCAUAGAAGCCAUGAAAUACCACUUGCUUCCAGGGGAGCAGAGGACAUUAAUGAAAAGUGCUCGCACGAGGCACAGGACACCUGUCAGCCUUCCCAAACUGAUGGUAGUUGUUGGAGGUCAGGCUCCUAAAGCAAUCAGAAGUGUUGAAUGCUAUGAUUUCAAAGAAGAGCAGUGGCACCAGCUGGCGGAACUACCAUCCAGACGAUGCAGAUCAGGUGUGGUUUACAUGAGUGGACAUGUUUUUGCUGUUGGUGGAUUUAAUGGGUCCCUCAGAGUACGCACAGUGGAUUCUUAUGACCCAGUAAAGGACCAAUGGACAAGUGUUGCCAACAUGCAAGAUAGAAGAAGCACUUUAGGAGCAGCUGUCCUAAAUGGACUCUUGUAUGCUGUUGGAGGAUUUGAUGGCAGUACAGGUCUGGCAACAGUGGAAGCGUACAAUAUUAAGGCUAAUGAGUGGCUCCAUGCUGCACCGAUGAACACCCGGAGGAGCAGUGUUGGUGUAGGCGUUGUUGCAGGUAUGCUUUAUGCAGUUGGUGGUUACGAUGGAGCUUCCCGUCAGUGUCUUAGCACAGUUGAAUGUUACAACCCAAGUACAAAUGAAUGGAACUACAUUGCUGAAAUGAGCACACGAAGGAGUGGAGCAGGUGUGGGGGUCUUAAAUGGUUUGUUGUAUGCAGUGGGCGGCCAUGAUGGUCCCUUGGUGAGGAAAAGCGUUGAGGUUUAUGAUCCCUCUACGAGUAUGUGGAAACAAGUUGCAGAUAUGAACAUGUGCAGGAGAAAUGCAGGUGUUUGCACUGUGGAAGGUAUGUUAUAUGUUGUUGGAGGUGAUGAUGGAUCCUGUAAUUUGGCGUCUGUAGAAUAUUAUAACCCAACAACAGACAAAUGGAUACUGUUGCCAUCUUGUAUGAGCACAGGAAGGAGUUAUGCAGGUGUUACGGUUAUUGACAAGCCUUUAUGAUUCAGGAGAGAAAAUCCAGCUUUUGGUUUUUGAAUACGCAAGUAUAAAGUAAAGUGCAGGUUUAUAACCUUCCUUACUAAUAGCUGCAGUCUGAGGCAGCGGCAGAUGAAAGCUGCAACUGAGAUAUUGCACAGCGGGCACUGAAGAUUAUCAAUGGUAGAAGCAAUGUGCAGAGUUAUUCUGUGACCAGCAGAUGUCUGGAUCCUUAAAAUGACUUGUGAAUCUUUUUGUUUUUCACAAGAUUAUUCCAUAUGAGAGUGAAAAUUGCCCUAAUGUCAGCCAGACAUUGUCAAACUUGGUUUACUUAAGAAUGUUUUGUAACGAAGGAUAUAAAGUGAUGUAUAUCCAGGUGAAGUGAAGUUGUUCUUUUUUCAGAGACUAUGUACCACAGUGAGCUGGUCUUUUUCUGGAUCUACUUUGGUAGAAUUGUAGGAGUCAUAUUUUAUAUUUAACAAAAUGGAUGCAUCUUCAGCUAUGUGAAUGAAAUCCAAGCUGUAUGUGUCUUUUGUGUAAUAUGUACUUGUAGAUGCUGCUUUUUUUUUUUCUCCUGUUUUAAACAGUCCAGAUGUUGAGUAUGCACUAUUUAUAUUUGACACACUCCUAUGAAAUUUGCCAGUACUUUGUUGUAAAACAGAAAUGUAAUUUUUUUAAUAUUUAAAAUUGUAUACUAAUGUGCUCAGUAGCACUUUGAGUGAGGGAUAAACUUGUAUUGCCAAAAUGUGUUUUCUAUGAGUAUAAAAAUGGAUUAGUUAUUAACCAAUACUUUAUUUAUGAUGCUCUUUAUAUAAUUUUUCACAUAUUUCACUGUAAUUUUUUCCAUUUUCUGAAAAGAUUCCACAGCAUGUUGGUGAUAUGUUUAUGGAUAUCAACUGGUUUUGCAUGAUUUACUUUACUUUUCCUUUCAGUGUAAUUAUUUUAACAAAAAAAAGGAAAAAAUGUCUAAUGUAUUUGGCAGUUUUUUUGAAUACUGUUUUGUUUAAUAAAAGCAACAAAUUUAUUGACCACAAUCCAAAAUAUUGUUAAAGUUGAUCUGACCUACUUUCAUUAAAAAAAUUGUAUCACA